AUGGAGCAAGUCAGAGGAGGACAAACUAAACUGGAAUGUGGCUUUGGGGUACCAGGCAGCAACUUCAGAACACAGGAUAGCUGGCAGGGGGUGGCAGAGAGGAAGAGGGCAGCAAAACAAAGAUCCACCUACAAUGAUGGAAACCUCAGCAGGGGGCUCAAGAGAGCACAGAGGGCCGUGGUAGUGGGCCUUCUGGUGGCUUUUAUGGUGUUGAGGUAUGUGGACUCAGACAGUGGGGAUGACUCUGACAAGCGCUCUUGUGAAGUGAGCUGGAGGCUCAUCUCCUCCUUGCGGGAGCAGCUGCCGCCCACCACGGUCCAGACCAUUGUCAAACGCUGUGGCCUGCCCAGCAGUGGCAAGCGCAGGGGCCCUCGCGGGGUUUAUCAGAUCCCCCAGCGACGCAGGCUGCAGGGCAAAGACCCCCGCUGGGCCACCAUGGCUGACCUGAAGAUGCAGGCAGUGAAGGAGAUCUGCUACGAGGUGGCCCUGGCUGACUUCCGCCACGGGCGGGCUGAGAUUGAGGCCCUGGCCGCCCUCAAGAUGCGGGAGCUGUGUCGCACCUAUGGCAAGCCAGAAGGCCCCGGAGAUGCCUGGAGGGCUGUGGCCCGGGAUGUCUGGGACACUGUAGGUGAGGAGGAAGGAGGUGGAGCUGGCAGUGGUGGUGGCAGUGAGGAGGGAGCCCGAGGGGCGGAGGUGGAGGACCUCCAGGCCCACAUCGACAAGCUGACGGAGAUUCUGCAGGAGGUGAAGCUGCAGAACAGCAGCAAGGACGGGGAGCUGCAGGCCCUGCGGGACCGCAUGCUCCGCAUGGAGAGGGUCAUCCCCCUGGCCCAGGAUCAUAAGGAUGAGAAUGAAGAAGGUGGUGAGGUCCCCUGGGCCCCGCCUGAAGGAUCAGAGGCAGCAGAGGAGGCAGCCCCCAGUGACGGCAUGCCGUCAGCCCAGCCCCCUCGCCACCACUGUCAAGCUGGGAGCGGGUGUCACGGCUCAUGGAGGAGGACCCUGCCUUCCGUCGUGGUCGUCUUCGCCGGCUCAAGCAGGAGCAGCUACGGCUGCAGGGACGGCAGGGCUCUGGGGGCCGGGGCGGGGGGCUGCGCAGGCCCCCAGCCCGCUUUGUGCCCCCCACGACUGUAAGCUAUGCUUCCCCUUCAAGAGCAACUCCCAGCACCGGGAGUCUUGGCUAGGGAUCGGGAGCGGGGAGGCUCCAACUCCACCCCAACCCCCUGAGGAGGUCACUCCCCCUCCAGCCACCCCUGCCUGCAGGCCUCCGAGUCCCCGAAGGUCCCACCAUCCCCUCAGGAACUCCCUGGAUGGAGGGGGCCGAUCCCGGGGAGCGGGUUCUGCACAGCCUGAACCCCAGCACUUCCAGCCCAAAAAGCACAACUCUUAUCCCCAGCUACCCCAACCCUACCCAGCCCAGCAGCCCCCAGGGCCCCGCUACCCCCCAUACACUACUCCCUCACGAAUGAGACGGCAGCGUUCUGCCCCUGACCUCAAGGAGAGUGGGGUGGCUGUGUGAGUCCCACAUUGUUGUUGGGGACAUUGGCAGUCAGGGAUAUAGGAGGCCCAUAUCCCGGGCAGAGGGCCUGCUGGGGCCCCUUGCUGGGAGAAGGGAAGACGCCCGAGACUUCAUUCAUGAACUGUUGUGCAGGGGAUAAACUCUUCCUACUGACUUCCUAUUGAACCCCCGUUUCACUUCCCAUGUCUGUGUAGAGAAAGCUCACCACGGAGGAAUGUGCUGUCUUCCUUUGCCUUCUGCUCUGGCACCAGCUCUCCACCCUCUCCUCUAUCUCAGGAACACCUGGCCUCAGAGCUCAGAGGAGGAGGGUCUUGCUCUGUUGCCCAGGCUUUAGUGCAGUGGUGUGAUCACAGCUCACUGCAGCCUUGAUCCCCAGGGCUCAAGCAAUCCUCCCACCUCAGCCUCUUCAGUAGCUGGAGCUACAGCGUCUCUCUCUGUCGCCCAGGCCGGAGUGCAGUGGUGUGAUCAUAGCUCACUGUAACCUCAAACUCUUGGGGCUCAAGUGAUAUUCCUGCCUCAGCCUCCUAAGUAGCUGGAACUACAGACACAAGACCAGCAUGUCCCAAGCAAUCUACAGUGAGAUCUUCAAAAGAAGAUCUUCAGAGCCCUCGCCAGAAUCACCCUUAAUGAAGAGUCACAGGGAGAAGACGUCCAUACACGCAUGACGAGACAGGCCUGGAACAGAGCCUUCCUGCACAGCCUGAGAAGGGACCCACCCUGCUGACACCUUGAUCUUGGACCCAUGGCCUCCAAUACUGCGAGAUGGUCCAUGGAAGAGUUGUCUUCAAGAAAACUGCUCUCUGGUGCCAAAAAGUUUGGAGACCGCUGAUGUAAAUGUUUCUAAGAAUAGUUAAGCAACUUAAACUUUACAUGCUACGAAGAAUACAGGUUUAAAUGCUAAUAAAAAUAGGUGCAAAUGAAAACACUC